AUGACUGAUCAAGAAUCAUUAUUUAAUAUAAUUCAAUCUAUUAUAUUAAUCGAAUUUAGCAUUUCAUAUUUGUUAGGAGCUUUGUGUUUCUUAAAAUAUGGAAGAUUAUUGGUUAAAUUGCUUGAUGAAAGUGCUAUAAUAUUGGGAUUGAAAGAUAAAAUAAAUUCAGUGAAUUCAGAAAAUUAUCGUACUUGUUUAACAAAGCUCAGGGUUGUGAAUCUUAGCCUCUCGAUUACAGCUUGCUGGUUAGGACUUGUGGCCUUUUUUGUAGCUUUCUUCAGAAAUAGGUUAUCUCAAUUCGCAGUAUGUCAAAUCAUAUUAGCAGUUGUAACUUUUGAUGUAACCGCUAUGAUAAAGUUAAUUACGCUUCUUGGAAUUAUUUAUGG